UGGAUUCUCUCAGAGGGCGUCACGCAGUCGGUGAAGCGACGUCAAUGCGAAAUGAACGCAAAGCUGUGAAGUGACCAGUGAUGAUUAAUUUGGCAGACACGUUUCUGUAGUGUUUCCCUGAGUUUCAGAUUCAAAGGAACUUUCCUCAAUAUCCGUGGCUGUCAUUUAAAUCGCGAUCAUGGGUGACGUGAUUUCUACCAAUCUGGACGAUGCCAAGCGGGAGAUGAUUACAGCCCACACCAGUAGCGUGAUGGCAGAGUUUGGGAGGUUUUAUGAGCAGCAGUAUGCCGUGGCUUUAUUCAACAGCGUACGCUUUGAGAUUGAGGGAGGAGGGAGUACGCAGACACAACUACUACACAGAAAGGAUCCUCUGAAGAACAAAUCCAUCUUCUCUGGAGGUCUAUUUCAGUAUCUGGAAGAGAGCAAGAAAUGGAGAAGCCGCUUUUUGUAUGUGGGCGACUCUUACAACAUCAGCUUGCAUGAGAGCAAAGCGGCGCAUGAUCGUGGUCUCCACUCCAAAGGGGUCAUUAAUUGUGCUGGUUACAGAGCCCUGACCUCUAUGGACGAAUACCUGGAGCUUCUCAAUAGCAGCUUGAGUGACAUAAAGGCAAAAGCAGGCAGUGCCCCAUUUCUGAAAUGUCCCACACAGUUUCCCCUUAUACUGUGGCAUCCAUACGCUCGCCAUCAUUACUUCUGCGUCAUGACCGAGAAGGAACAGAAGAAGUGGCAUGCUGUCUUCCAGGACUGUGUGAGACACACCAACAACGGACUGUCAGAAGAGUGCAAGGUAUCAACACCGGCUUUCACAGAUGCCCUGCGGCUCUACAGGCAGUCCAAGGGUCACCACGGCACCUGGGACCUGAUGUGUGGAGACCAGUCUCAGAUUCUUGCUAACCUGGUAAUGGAGACUUUACACCCGGAACUGAGGAAUCAAAUUGCACCUCGACUGAAAGGAAAGCUACAGCAGAGGCAGAAAGACUGGAUGCUGAUCACAGAUGCAGUAUACAGACAGGUGCUGUCACAGACACGAACUCACCAUGAAGCUCUGGUUCAAGUAUGUGAGGUGGAGCGCCCUCGUCUGGACGCUGCUCUACGCACCGAUAUGGACCAAAUCAUCACGUCCAAAGAGCACGUUUCUGGGAAGAUCCGUGCUUUGGUGUUACCCCGCAUUGAACAGUUUGUGAGGAGCAAGAUUCAGCCCUACAUCCACUCCAUCCUGGAGGCCCUCAUGGAGCCCACAAGCAGAGGAUUUGCUGAAGUGAGGGACAUCCUUUUUCGAGAGCUGGUGGAGGUCAGCAAGAACACUAUGAACGACAGCAGCAAAGACAAACUGGGAGAGUAUAUGGACAAGAUUUCCAUGCUGGCCUUCCAUCCGGUGAAGAUGCAGAGCUGCUAUGAGAAAAUGGAGACGCUGAACCUGGAAGGCCUCCAGCAGAGAUGUGACGUCUCCAGCCCUUCAGUGUUCAUCCAGAGAGCUCAGAUCCUCAUGAGACAGCAAAUGGACGACGCCGUGUACACGUUUGAGCAGCUGCUUCAUCAGAGUCUAGACGGCCACAGCGGAGAGGAUCUGUGCAAGAGCAUCCAGCGUUGCCAGGACAGAGUCCUCAAAAAAUACGACUAUGACAGCAGCACGGUGAGGAAGAAGUUCUUCAGGGAGGCUUUGCUUCAGAUCAUCAUACCGUACAUGCUGAAACAACUCUCGCCGUCCUGUUGCCCGGAUCUGCCCAAGUUCAAGGAGCUCAUCUUUGAGGACUUCUCUAGAUUCAUCCUAGUAGAAAACAUCUUUGAGGAGCUGGUCCUACUGUCCGUCACUAAAGACAUCAUGAUGGCUGUGAAAGAAGCUGCAGUCCAGCGCAGACACAACCUGUACAGAGACAGCAUGGUCUUGACCAACAGUGACCCCAACCUGCACCUGCUGGGUGACGAAACCAUCGACUGGGGAGGACAGUUUGGAGGAGUCAAAAGCGAGAAAAGGGGAGAAGCUACAAACAGGAAACGCAAACAAAUAGUGUCCAUGAUCAAUAUCGAUGGGAUGCCUUUGCCCUACGAGUCCUGCCAGGAGGUGCCAGGAAUAGAAGGCAUCCCAGAAGAAAACGAAGGACUGGAUAUAGUAACAGAAAGCCCUCUGAAAACAGCCGAGAAGAAAACAGGCUCUCCAGACAAAGUCAAUGAGAUCCGACACCUCAUAAACCCUGUGCUGGAAGUGGUCGAACCUGCUGAAAAACAUGGCUUGCCAUUAACCAAUGGGGUGUUGGCUUUGGAAGAGGGCGAUGAGGUGAAACGCAUCACUGUUGUGACAGAAACGCUGCCUCCCAAAAUGGCUGACGAAGACUCCGAAAUGACAAAACAGACACUAGAUGAGCAGCAAAGUGUGUCCGCCAUCGAGAGCGCCAUUCAGCAGAUCGAGAUCGCCAUCCAGGAAGACCCCGCCACCGACUCUGAUGGAGAAUUCGCUCAAACGUCGUCCGACUCGAGUCCUCGUCACCAUGAUGACAGCGGAUUUCAGUCUCCAGCUAAUGAGAACGUCGAGGAAGUAGAGUCUCAGCCUAUCACAGAUGAAAAGGAGGUGGACGCAGAGCAGGUGGUGUUAACUCUGGUGGAAACACCCAGCUUUGAUUUAGACACUCGGCAUGAUGAUGAUGCUGCUUUGGGAAAGAAACCAGAAAUCGAUAUCACAGGUGAAAGAUGUUUGCUCUGAGUGAGGUUUGAAUGAAACCUGACGUCUUUUUUUCUUUGUUUAUGGUUGAUAUUUCAGCCAAGUUGGCGUUCAUUUUAGUUUGUUUUAUUCUUGCUUUAAUUUAGAUAUUGAGAAAUGUUUAUCGUUAAGAAAUGUGUGUGUGUGUGUGUGUGUUGAAUAUUCUCCAUAUAUAGAUUUCUAUCACCUUAUGUGCCUUCAUAUUUGUUUGAUUUUAUGUUGCUCAUGACUCCCACACUAAUGAUUAUUAUGUGGCAGAGGUUUCAUAAACUGACUGUUGAUUUCCUGGGACAGUUCCAGUAGUCAUUACUCGGACUGCAGUUUGAUCGUAAACCAACACGCUUCACCUCUUUACAUCAGCGAGGAGGUUAGUAUUAAUGCAAAUCUGGUAAAUGUCUUACUUACAGUGAAGUGGCUACGUUAGAUGAUCUCAACUACAGUCAUAUCUUGUUUUUUUUUUUUAUGUUUCCGUUACUUGUGGACUUUAUUCAAACACUAAUUCAUGUAUUUAUGCUGCAUAAUUAAGCACUUAUACAAGAACUCUGCAAAUGCGUUCAAAUAAAUUAAAGCUUUCUUUUUAA